AUGUUGAACAUGAUCCGUCACGGAGCGAGAAAGAUCUUCGCUGGCGAAUGCACAGGAGCUCUCGAUGUCAAUCUGAACAUCGAGGAAGUCCUCAAAGCCGGAGAAAAGAAAACGGAGGAACUUGCGGCCGAAUUUGACAUAUUACAAGGAAGCUCCCCGUGUCAACGAUCCCAAAGCGCCAAAAGCACCUCUUCCGCCAAAACAACUGGACAUCAAAGACUUUCAGUUCUAUCCCCACGAACUGAUUCCUUUUUUUGCGACAAGAAGUCCUGGCCUAUCGAAAGCAAGUCAACUACAAAGUCUCUAUCGAUCCAGACGCCGAGCAUCCUAAGAAAAAACAGAAAGCGGAGCAGGAGAAAAUCGACGAAUCCCUCGGGAAAAUCCCUCGAGCAUCUCGCAAAUCGCUUCGUUACCAAGGCCAGAAACCGUCCAGAAACUAUCUGCAUCCUUGGAAAUCUGUUCUCGUACAAUGAGCGGCGCGACAAAGCAACGACAUAUUUCUCGCGCGCUGUGCAAAUCUGCGAUUCCGAUUUCACUAUGCUUUCCACUUGUUGGGACACGACGCUGAGAUACUAUCCAAAGAACGCUACUGUUUGGUUAUACAUGGGGCAGAUUCGCCACAAGAAAGGAGAACUGAAUAAAGCUCUCCAAUGCUUCAAUAAAGCGCUGCAGUUCGAUCCAACACAAGCGAACGCGCUCUUCAUGAAAGCAAACAUGUAUUAUAAUCUCGGCGACUAUCGGAAAUCGCUCAACGAGUUGAUACAUCUCGACAAGAUUCACCCCAAACUGGGGCGAAACCAUCAUUUGAGGCAUACCAUCAUUUGGGGCAGAAAUAUCUCGGCAACAAGCAUAUGCAAAUUGCUAAUCAGCUCGAUCCAAAAGGAAAUCACUAGCAAAAAGGUAAAGCUCUUGAUGUUUUCCAUGUUUCAAUUGAAAAUUUCAGCUCACGAUUCAUUAGAACUGGCAGACAUUGCCAAUUAUGAGCGGGAUCAAUCGAUGGAAUCUUCAAUUUCUGUAACUCCGACGGCGAAUGAUAAAAUGAUAAGAACUUACGACGACAAUUCCGCGCUAGCAACUACUAGUCCACGACUCGAGUUAACACCUUUAUCUGCACGAUGCCGAUGCGCUUGGAGGAAUCAGAUCCAGCUCAACCUUUCCGACUUUACUCAACGAGCGUAUGGCACUAACUACAUCGAAACUCUCCGAGUUCAGAUCCACGCUAAUUGCCGAAUCCGUCGCGUUUACUUCUUCGACCAGCUUUAUUCCGAAGACGAGCUUCCCGCCGAAUUCAAGCUCUACCACCUGGAAUCUCUUGAAAACAUAACCGCACGAGCUGAGCAAAACUACAAGUCCUUUAUUAAGUCAACCAAGAGCGCAAACUAG